AUGCAGAGAUCGCCGCCCGGCUACGGCGCACAGGACGACCCGCCCGCCCGCCGCGACUGUGCAUGGGCCCCGGGCCCCGGGGCCGCCGCUGAGCCGCGCGGCCUCCCCACCGCCCCCGCCGCGCCCGCCGCGCCCGCCGCGCCCGCCGCGCCCGCCUCGCCGCCCAGCCCGCCACGCAGCCCGCCGCGCAGCCCCGAGCCGGGGCGCUAUGGCCUCAGCCCGGCCGGCCGCGGGGAGCGCCAGGCGGCCGACGAGUCGCGCAUCCGGCGGCCCAUGAAUGCCUUCAUGGUGUGGGCGAAGGACGAGCGCAAGCGGCUGGCACAGCAGAACCCAGACCUGCACAACGCGGUGCUCAGCAAGAUGCUGGGCAAGGCGUGGAAGGAGCUGAGCCCGGCGGAGAAGCGGCCCUUUGUGGAGGAGGCGGAGCGGCUGCGCGUGCAGCACUUGCGCGACCACCCCAACUACAAGUACCGGCCGCGCCGCAAGAAGCAGGCGCGCAAGGCUCGGCGUCUGGAGCCCGGUCUCCUGCUCCCAGGCUUGGCGCCGCCGCCGCCGCCGCCGCCCGAGCCCUUUCCCGCGGCCACCGGCCCGGCCCGGGCCUUCCGCGAGCUGCCGCCGCUGGGCGCCGAUUUCGACGGCCUGGGGCUGCCCACGCCCGAGCGCUCGCCGCUGGACGGCCUGGAGGCAGGCGAGGCCGCCUUCUUCCCUCCGCCAGCGGCGCCCGAGGACUGCGCGCUGCGGGCCUUCCGUGCGCCCUACGGCCCCGCCGAGCUGCCCCGGGACCCGGGCGGCUGCUUCGGGGCGCCCCCGGCCGAGGCGCUCAGGACCGCGCCCGCCCCCGCCGCGCCGCUCUGCGGCCUCUACUACGGCGCCCCGGGUGUGCCGGGCCCGGGCCCCUACCCCGGCCCGCUGUCGCCGCCGCCCGAGGCCCCGCCGCUGGAGGGCGCCGAGCCGCUGGGGCCCGCCGCCGACCUGUGGGCCGACGUGGACCUGACCGAGUUCGACCAGUACCUCAACUGCGGCCGGACUCGCCCCGACGCCGCCGGGCUCCCGUACCACGUGGCGCUGGCCAAGCUGGGCCCGCGCGCCAUAUCCUGCCCGGAGGAGAGCAGCCUGAUCGCCGCGCUGUCCGACGCCAGCUCCGCCGUCUACUACAGCGCCUGCAUCUCCGGCUAG